CGCACUAUAAGAUCCAGCGGUUAGUUUGGUAGAACUAUCGGUAGGCCUACCACGAGCAAAUAUGGAUAUCAUAUUUUGUGGAACACUUAUGCACUCUACGAAGGAAAAUGCAUUAGAGAUACUAGAAGACCAUUACAUUGGAAUAAAGAACGGACAGAUAAAGUUUGUGGCUGACCGUGAUGGUUUCGACAAAAUACGUUCUGAUUACGAUUUACGAACCGUUCGACAUCUUAAAAGAGGACAAUUUCUGAUACCGGGAAUGAUCGAUACUCAUAUACACGCUCCUCAAUACCCAAACGCUGGAACAAAAAUGGACUUGCCUCUAUUAGAUUGGCUCGACAAAUAUACCUUCCCAUUAGAGUCCAAAUUUUCUAAUCCAGAAUUUGCUGAGAGUUGUUACCGCAAACUGGUGGCUCGGACUUUAAGAUGCGGUACAACUACGGCUUGUUACUUUGCUACGAUCCACGCAGACAGUUCGUUAAAACUUGCAGAAAUAUGUGGUGAGUUUGGACAGAGAGCCUACAUUGGUAAGGUUAGCAUGGACAUAUCAUCUCAUAAUAAUUACAAAGAGACUACCGAAGAUUCGAUUCGGGACACACGAUGGUUCAUCGAAGCAGUGCAAAACCUUAACAAUUCGCUACUAACACCUUGUGUUACUCCUCGAUUUGCUGUAAAUUGCACGCCGUCGCUUUUAAGUGCACUUGGGAAGAUAGCUAAAGAAUAUGGAGGAUUACCAAUCCAGACUCACAUAAACGAAACGGUUCGGGAACAAGAAAGUGUUCUUAAACUUUUCCCAACACACACGUGUUACGCAGACGUCUAUGAUUCGUUUGGUUUGCUAACAGAUAAGACUGUAAUGGCUCACUGUGUAUUCAUGCAAGAUGACGAGUUUGAUUCAUUCAAAACAAAUGGAACAGGAAUUGCACUAUAGAGAGUGGCAUAAUGGACCUUCGGAAGACUCUGAACAAAGGCGUUAAGACGGGACUUGGAACAGAUAUCUCUGGUGGUUACAGUGCUUCAAUACCGGCAGUCAUUCGUGAUGCAAUCGUAGCCUCCAAAACACUUGCAAUGGACAAGUCUACAAGCUCCUACAAAUCUGUUGACUUUAAAGAAGCAUUUCGUCUGGCCACAUUAGGCGGAAGCCAAGUUUUAGGACUAGAUGACAGAAUUGGAAAUUUUGAAGUUGGAAAGGAAUUUGACGCUCUAUUGGUCGACCUUACUGUACCUUGUAGUCCAUGUGAUAUAUUUGCAUUCGACACAACAGAGGAGCUUCUGCAAAAAUUCAUUUUCAUCGGAGAUGAUCGGAACAUCGUCGAGAUAUACGUAAACGGUCACAUGAUCAAUGAUCCGCGCAAUCACGUGAGAGAAUAAUAAAAUAAACAAAAUUGGAUGUUUGUUAAUUUUCGCUGUUUUUUCCACUGAUCUUUAUUAUUGCAACUGUUCUAUCAAUAGGUAUAAUCAUGAUAUAAUAAAUACAAUUUUACAAUAAGGCUUAUACUUUUUUAAUGAGCAAUCAACAUUUUUUAAAGUACAUUGAGACCUACCUACAUAUACCUACCUUGUCUACAUUGUCCUCUGCAAGUUAGCAGGUCCAUUAAAUAUUAGUCAUGUAUUCCACUCCUAUCUAUUAAGUGAUUUAUCUUUUAAUUCAUAUUUAUUCCAUUUAAAUACAAUUGUUAUUAUAAAUAUAAAUAUAUAGGCCUAAUUGUUAUUUUUCGUUUUUCGGUAUUAGUAUCUAACUGUUUUUCUUUAAAUGUAAUGUAUAUUAGGUGCUAUGUUUGUAUUUAUGUAUAAAAAUAAUUAUUUAUAGCCUAUAUUUUCAUUUUGUAUUUCGUUGGCAUGAGUAGAAUUCAGAACACAGACAUGAAGAAGCUAUCUAUUUGGGUACAAUAUUUAAAAGAAAAAUAUAUAUAUAUAUGGUUUUGGAGAAUAUGCAUACAGUUCACGUGUAUCAUUUGUUAAGUGUGUAUACUGGAGAUAAUAUUAUUACAUAUCAAAAUAUAAUACUUAUAGAUUAUGAUGUAGGUCAUUAUAUCUCAUUCGAAGAUUUAUCUGAAACUUUUGGCCCCAUUUCCGCAGCGAAAAAAAUAAUAAAAAGGCUGCUUUCCAAAAAUGUAUACGUAAUAAGUGCUGCGGAAACACGGCCUAAGACAUAACAGGUUUGAACCACCCUUUUUAAAUUUACUUAUCUAAAUGAUUCCACACUUGGACAAGGAGUAAUGGCCUCUGCCCGGGGACUAGCCGAGAGCGGGGAGGGGAGCAUAAAUAAUUCAAUGUUACACCUUACCCCAGUGUCUGACGAAGUUUUCUGUCAUGUUGAGUGGACCGACCAAAUCGGGUGAUUGUAGAGUAGGUGACAGGAAGAGCCACAAGGGCCAGGGAUUUAUUACAAUUUGUUAUUACCCACCUUCCUAGAAUUUUCUUUUAUGCCUGGGUAUCUUAGUAGGAAAGCGUUAUCGUAAGCACAUUGAAGCCCUACCCCCCCCCCCCCAACCACACAUACCUGUGCCAGUCGUAUAUACGAUAACAACAUAUUUUGAAAAAUCAAUUAAAAUGAUAGAAAAGUCAUGAAAAUACGAUAAAAUCGUUGUUAUUACGAUUUUACCGUUUUCCCAUGAUUAUGACGUCAUUUGAAUUGAUUCGUGAAAUUAUUUUUUAUUGUAUACACGAUAAGUCGUUAUCGAAUUUUCUAGUAUAAAAACUUCCCAUAUUUCCAUAUUUCUUUUAUUUUCUAUAUGAACAAUUGCUUUUUAGCUUUUUAUCGUUAUCGAUCUUUGCAAGUAUAAACAGGCCUUUAUAAUGCUCUUGUGUAUUGCUUUAAUAUUUAUCAAGAUGUUUGCAAAUUCAAGUUUGCUUGCUUUGACGAAUUUGAUGACGAAAGCAUCACAGACACGCAUACGCACCUGUCCAUUGCAAAGGUUUCUAUUGCUUUACUUUACAACAUAGGAAACAAAAAGGACUAAUGGUUUUAGCAUAGAGAAAAUAUUUUCUCUAUGAGUAUAUUAAGCCUAUGUAUUUUUUAUUAAUGUAAAGACGGAAGAUAUGAAAUAAAUAUGAUAGGCAAUUGAUGUAACAAUAA